AUGUCAUCGAUAGCAGCCGCAGAUAAUUCCAAUGCCAAUAAAAGCCGAUCGAAACUCUUGUUAUCCUCACGCGAUUGGGAUACACUAGUUACAGAUCGAAGUAAAUUACGAAAGGAGAAUACCACUUUAUCACGCGGUGGUAUUUCUGAACGGCGAGUCCACACUCGCGUUGGCACUUAUCAUACCGAUCGCAGUCGACGUGGUGUAUAUGGAAAUUCUGAACUAGGCGAAUCGAGUGAAGAUGAUGAUGAACAAGAUGAUCAGUUAUUAGAUCGUGCGCGACAAGAUCAAACUGAUUUACCAUCGGAAUAUUGGCAAAUUCAACGAUUAGUCAAAUAUCUAAAAGGAGGAAAUCCAACGGCAACCGUCAUUGCGUUGUCGUCAAUUCGAGAUUUCAAUUUGUCAAUGGAUAUAUGUCAACUAGCUAUACGAGAUGCCGGUGGACUGGAAGUGCUUGCGAAUUUACUGGAAACCGACAAUUUGGAUUGCAAAAUCGGCUCAUUACAUAUUCUAAAAGAGAUUUCGAAAAAUCCGACGAUUCGAAGAAAUAUCGCAGACCUUGGCGGAUUGCAAACGAUGAUCGCAUUACUCGACGAACCAGAAAAAGAAUUGAAGUGUCUUGCUGCUGAAAAUAUUGGUAAGAUUCGUAUUGAAGAAGAUUAUACGCGAAUUGAACUAAUUUUAGCACAUGUGGCUAAGUUCAAACGUGCUCGAAAAGUUGUUCGACAGAACGGUGGAAUCAAACGUUUAGUUGGUCUCCUAGAAACGGCUUCUCCGAAUGCGCACGGAUCAAUGACGCAUUAUUCGCAAAAUGACAUCGCCAAGAAUGUCGAAGUCGCUCGUGCAGGUGCAUUAGCACUUUGGAGUUUAAGUCGAUCUGAUCGGAACAAACAAGCAAUGGAACGCGCCGGUGUGAUUCCUCUUUUGGCAAAAUUACUUAAAAGUUCCAAUGAAACGAUGCUCAUACCCGUCGGCGGUAUUAUUGAAGAAUGUGCUGUUGAUCCUGUGUAUCGAAUAGCCAUACGAGGAAUGAUUCCUGAUCUAGUGAAAAAUCUACAGAGUAGCAAUGCUGAACUGCAGAAACAUUGUGCCAGUGCGAUUUUCAAGUGUGCCGAAGAUAGAGAAAUACGUGCUUUAGUACGCAAACAUAUGGGGCUUCGUCUCUUACACGAUCUUCUACAGCAAACAGACAAUAAAGCAUUGCUGGCAGCAGCAACAGGUGCGAUUUGGAAGUGUGCGAUAUCUCGCGAGAAUAUUGCUCAAUUUCAACAAUUCCGCACCUUGGAUACUCUGGUACAAAUGCUGAACAACCAACCCGAAGAAGUCCUAGUGAAUGUCGUUGGCGCUAUAGCUGAAUGUGCUAAGGAAGCCGACAAUCGAACUUUAAUUCGAAAAGCAAAUGGAAUUUCCUUCUUAGUCAAUUUAUUAACUGGAACAAAUCAAGGUUUACUGGUCAAUACAUGUCAUGCACUACGACAGUGUAGUGAAGAGCCUGAAAGCAUUGUAAUGAUUGAUCGUUUGGACGGUGUUCGCUUGUUAUGGUCGUUGUUGAAAAACCCCAAUCCUCGAGUACAAGCGGCAGCAUCAUGGGCGAUAUCUCCAUGUGUUAAAAAUAUCAAAGAUUCUGGUGAAAUGGUUCGAAGUUUCGUCGGUGGUCUUGAACUGAUCGUAUCGCUAUUGAAAUCAAAGGAUGUCGAAGUACUCGCCAGCGUUUGUGCGGCCAUUGCUGAAAUUGCGAGAGAUGAAGAGAAUCUCGCCGUUAUUACCGAUCACGGCGUUGUUAAACUUCUAUCGAAUUUGGUGACACGAAAUGAAGAUAUUCUUCGACGUUACUUGGCCGAAGCCAUAGCCGAAUGCUGUAAAUGGGGAAAUAAUCGUCAAACUUUUGGUGACAACGAAGCCGUUGCGCCGCUGGUCAAAUAUUUGAAAUCAUCCGAUACGAACGUUCAUCGAUCAACCGCGAAAGCGUUACAUCAGCUAUCGAAGAAUCCAAUGAAUUGCGUUACAAUGCACGAGGCUGGCGUUGUACGAUUAUUAAUGGAAAUGGUCGGUUCGAAAGACGAAGUUCUCCAAGAAAAUGCUGCGAUUUGCAUUUCAUACAUUCGUCGCUUAGCUUUGGCAAAUGAGAAAUCACGAAACGGUUGA